AUGAAUCCGCCGAGCCAUGAGCCGCCCGUCUGGCCGUCUGGCCGCUCGGACUUCUGGGAGCUCCACCGGCAGCUGGCGGACUGCUACGUGGCGGACUUGGCACAGGCGCAGCCCCAACCGCCGCCUUCGGAGAGCCGGGGCUUUGAGGCGCAUGGCACCAGGCACAGCUGCGCCAGCGUGAGUGCUCGGAGUCACGUGCCCAGCAGCUCCGUCGAGAGCCUCGGGCCUCAGCAGCGAGUGGCGUCUGUGCGAACCAGGCGGAAGCAGACGUGGAAGUCGCUGGCGGGCCUUCAGGGCUUGUACUUGGCCGAGGAGACGGAGGAGAUCACUUUGGACAGCAUGGACCUGAAGCUUCACGAAUGUUGGGCCAAGGGCUCCCAGCUGAAGCAGCAGCCGGCGAUGCAGAGCCGGCGCCUCUCUGCGGAGUUCUUCUCGCCCGCGCCGACAGGCGCCACCGACAGAAGCUCGCCGAACAAAGCCGAGCGGCCCUCGUGCGUCCUGCACCCUGGGGGCACCGCGCGGACGGUGUGGAACUUGCUGGUGGCGGUGGGGGUGCUGCAUGAUUUGCUGAUGGUCCCUUUGUACGUCUUCGAGCUCCCGGAGAGCGGCUUCCUACUUUUCUUGGAGUGGACCACCAUGUUGUUCUGGAACCUGGAUUGCGUGGUGUCCCUUCGCACCGGCUUUUAUGACCAGGGCUCCCUGGUGAUGUCUCCCUGGCGAAUCUUUCUCCAUUAUGCGCGCAGCUGGCUGCUCUUCGAUGCCAGCUUGGUCUCCCUGGAUUGGUUCCUCUUGGGCUCCUCCGCUGCUGACGGGGGCGAGGGCUGGCGGUCGCUGCGGCUGCUGCGGUUCCUGCGCUUGGUGCGGAUGCUGCGGUGGCUGAAGCUGCGCAGGGCACACGACGCCCUGCAGGAGCUCCUCCACUCCCAGGCUUCGAGCCUCUACUUCAGCCUUUUCAGCAGCAUUGCGCACCUGUUGAUCUUGAACCACCUGAUCGCAUGCGCUUGGUUCGCCACCAGCCGUUUGCAGGCCCAAAAUUGGGUAUCUGACCUGGACAUGGAGGCGGAGUCGAAGGAGUACCAAUACCUGACGUGCAUGAACUGGGCAUUCGCCCAGCUCGGCGUGGGAUCCAGCCAGGCCAAAGCCACGAACACGCUGGAGAUGGUCUUUUGCAUCGUCAUCGCCUUCAGGUCCCUCAUCACGUCCUCCACGCUCAUCAGCACAGUCAGCAACCUCAUGGGUGGGCUGAGCAAAAUAAAGGAGGACGAGAACAAAGAGUUCCGGCUCCUGCGGUGCUACCUGCAGCACAAUGACAUUCCCCUCGCAUUGAGCCAGAAGGUGACGCAGUUUUUGCAAUAUCAGUAUGCCCUGAGACAAGAAGCAAGGUCCGCGGACAUGGCGGUGCCGUUGCUGGAUCUGCUGUCGCAGCAGCUGCAGGGGGAGCUCCAAUUCGAGAAGUACCGCCGGGCCCUCUGCAGGCUGCCGCUGCUGGACCAGCUGCUGGACCCCCCGGACCUGCAGGUGAAGCAGGUCUUGCACCGCAUGGCCAUGGCGGCGCUGCGCAACUCCGUGGUGGCCUCCCGGGACGUGAUCUUCCUCGGGGGCACCCGGGCGGAGGCCGCCUAUUUGAGCCUCAGCGGCUCCCUGACGUACUUCCACGACGACGGCCCGGAGGCCGUGGAUGAUUCUGUUUGGAUCGCGGAGGUGUGCCUGUGGACCCCCUGGGUGUAUUUGGGGGACCUGGUGGCCAACGACGUGUCGCGCCUGGCGGUGCUGGACGCCCAGGCCUUCUGCAGCACGCUGGGCGCCAGCUGGGCCACCCACCAGGCGGCCAGGCGCUAUGCCCAGAGCUUUCUGGAGUCGCUGAAAAAGCACAAUCGCUGGACGGACAUUCUGCCGGCGGUAGAGGAUGACUUCUCCGUAGAGUCGAGAAGCCCCCCUCCAUCUCAAUGUUGCCCGCGCCUUCGCCUAAAGUCGGUGGUGCCGACCCCGAACUGA